GCUGAGUUGGCUAAGCGCACUUUUUGGUAUAUAAAGUUGCUGGAUGACACUGGAAAGUCAUCAGUUACUCAGUUCUCCUCACAACUGGUGUUUGGUUAACCUCGUCUACUAACUUACUCGUAGCAAAAUCUAAGCAUAGCCUACAACAAAAUGAAGGUUUUCGUUUGCAUCUUAGCUGUGGUGGCCACAGCCCAAGCAGGUUUUCUGGGCCUUGGCGGCGGUAGCGGUGGCGGCGGCGGUGGCGGCUACUCAUAUGGUGGCGGUGACGGCGGUCAUGGUGGACACGGUGGUUUUGAUGGCGGUCAUGGAGGUCAUGGCGGUGGUCAUGGUGGCUACGAAGGCGGCCAUGGCGGUGGUCAUGGUGGCUUCGAAGGCGGCCAUGGCGGCGGUCACGGCGGUGAAGUGAAAAUCAUCAAGAUCAUCAGUGAGGGCGGUGAUGGCGGUCAUGGUGGUCAUGGCGGACACGGUGGACACGGUGGCUUCGAUGGCGGCUAUGGCGGCGGUCAUGGUGGACACGGUGGACAUGGUGGCUACGAUGGCGGUCAUGGUGGUCAUGGCGGUCACGGUGGUGGUGGCGCUUUCAAUGGCGGAUUUGGCACCAGCGGCGAAUUGAAAAUCGUUAAGGUCAUCAGCGGAGGUAGCGCCGGCGGUCAUGGUGGACACGGUGAUGCCGGUCAUGGCGGACACGGUGGAUACAGCGGCGGCGGUCAUGGUGGUCAUGGGGGACACGGUGGUUACAGCAGCGGCGGUCAUGGCGGUCAUGGUGGCGAAGUCAAGAUCAUCAAGGUCGUACAUGAGGAAGGCGGCAGCGCUGGUGGCUUCGAUGGCGGUUAUGGCGGCGGUCAUGGUGGACAUGGUGGUUUCGAUGGCGGUUAUGGCGGCGGUCACGGUGGACACGGUGGUUUCGAUGGCGGCUAUGGCGGUGGUCAUGGCGGUCAUGGUGAUCACGGUGCUGGCGGUGAAGUCAAAAUCAUCAAGGUCAUCAGUGAAGGCGGCGCUGGCGGUGCUGGCGGCUAUGGCGGUGAUGCUGGCGGUUGGGCUGCCGGUGGCGGCGGUGGUGCUGGCGGUUGGGCUGCUGGUGGUGGUGGUGGCUGGUCAUCCGGCGGCGCUGGUGGCUGGGAUUAAACACCUUACAUGCCAUAAAGCAUUUGUACAUAUUGUACUAUACGCAAGCAGCGCAAUGAGUCCAUCCUAAAUUAGUAAACACAAAAAGAAGGCAGCCCACGCAGCCAUUUGCCAUUGACUGAGACUGAAUGAUUAAUAAGUCAUGGUUGCGCGCUGACUGCCACCUUGUACAUAAACCACUUUCCACGCUUAACGCGCUGCAUCACUACUCCUAUUAUCCUCCUACAAACACACACACACCGUCAAUCGACGCGUGUGAAGUGCCAUUCUUCUUCGCCUGUUCAUGCGCAUUCUCCACAUGCCUACUCGUAUUGUGAUAUACAAACAUACCUGCAUACUCACAUCACUCUUAGCGCACUAAGUGUAAAUGUUGAACCACAAUUUUGUUGUAAUGUACCUGUUAAAGCAACAGCGUGAGUUCGUAGACGUUGUUAAUGUUGUUAUUGUUUUUAUUGUUACCAAAAUAUAACAAGUUGAAAAUAAAAAUCCAAAAAAAUUUUAAAAUAAAAA